UUGAUUAGCAGGGGAUGUUUAUUUUUCAGUUCGUUUAAAAUAAGAUUUCACUUUCGUUGGAAAAAAAAACUUCCUACCGCUGGUUUGGCUACAACAACCUAUACCACCACAACACAAUACUACAAUAAAGUACCCAAAACGGCAUAAAAACGCGUUUUCUUGGCGGGCCCCAGGGUCCCACCCUAAGUUUCUUAACGACGAAAUGAGCGUUUUAAACGGCCAAUAAUGUUGUCGUAGAUUUUAAACGCCCCUCUCCCCCCAUCAAAACCCACAAAAAGAAAAUAAGAAAAAAAACAAAGAAAGAAAAAAUCCAAAAUUUAAAAAAUUUGUCUCUGUAAAUCACGAGGAGGGAAGCCCCUGUAGUAUUAUUUUUAUAAAUUUAUAAAGAAGAGUUUUUCAGAUCGGGGGCCCUUCGAUUUUGGUCUCCUCGAUCGCCAUCGCAACCUACAUUGCCUUGGAUCUGAUCGCGGAUUUGGAUUUUUUUUAUUGUCCGAUUUUAUUGGUUUGAUUAAUUUGGAAGGCGAUUUCAGAUCUUGCAUUUUGCUUCGGUUGAGCUUCGAAGCCGAUUGGAUUUGAUCGGGGAACUUCCCAGAAUAUGAGUUUUGUGAUGAUCUGAAGGAUUUGAUUUGAUUGUUGUUUAUUGGAGAGAUGGAUCCGUUAUCUGCAAUCAGCGAAGAGCUGGCGGAGAUCGACGGCCAAAUCACUGACAUUUUCCGUGCAUUAUCAAAUGGGUUUCAGAAGCUGGAGAAGAUUAAGGACUCGAAUAGGCAAAGUAGGCAGCUUGAAGAGCUCACUGACAAGAUGCGAGACUGUAAGAGGCUUAUCAAGGAAUUUGACAGAGAAGUCAAGAAUAUUGAGAGAGUAAAUGACCCAGACACCAGUAGAAUGCUGAAUGAGAAAAAGCAGACAAUGAUCAAAGAGUUGAAUUCAUAUGUGGCUCUGAAAAAGCAGUAUGCGUCGAACCUUGAAAACAAGAAAAUUGAUCUCUUUGAUGGGCCGGCCGAGGAAUAUGGGGAACAGAAUGUCUUGCUAGCCUCGUCUAUGACAAAUCAACAACUAAUUGAUAAUGGAAACCAAAUGAUGGAUGAGACAGAUCAAGCGAUUGAGAGAUCAAAAAAGGUCGUUCAUGAGACCAUAAAUGUUGGAACAGAGACAGCAGCAGCUCUCAAAGCUCAAACUGAACAAAUGAGUAGGAUUGUCAACGAGCUGGACUCAAUCCAUUUCUCAAUCAAGAAAGCUACUAAGCUGGUCAAGGAAAUUGGUAGGCAGGUUGCAACUGAUAGGUGUAUUAUGGGAUUACUUGUCCUGGUUGUCAUUGGAGUCAUAGCCAUCAUUAUUGUGAAGCUCGUCCAUCCAAACAACAAGGACAUUCGAGAUAUUCCUGGAUUAGCCCCUCCCGCAAUGACCCGAAAAUUACUGUGGAAUCCUAAUUAAAGAGAGCUCAAAAUGAACCAUGUCAUGAGAUUGCCAAGAUGGUUUGCAUCAUGCCCAAAUGGACAUUAGCUUUUUAUCUCGUGAUGCUGUUCUCAGCCCUGUUUUACAAAACAGAUAUGGAACUAUUUCCCAGUAAGUUUUGCUUUGGAAACCAGCUGUCGUUUAGGAAAGCUAGGCUCACUACUGUUGUUCUGCCUUGGUAUUUGGCUUCAGUUGCAUGAGAUAUGUGUGAUCAAUUUUUCUUCCCUGAUCGUAAAAGUUAUCCCUAUUUAAGUGAGGGAAAUCCACUUUGAAUAUGUAUUUUAGGCUGUAUUGGUUCGUAUACCCUGUAUAAUCACAGCUUGAUUUUGUAGUCACUUUUACUAAAAGUUCUGUUUGGAAAUUACUCGUUGAUGUACCGAAAUUAAUAUUUGAAAUGAAUUUGGGUCUUCUGUGGA